CGACGACGUUGGUUGAUACGAAACGACGUCGAUUCGCUGUGUAAGCGUUGCGUUGUUGGCCGCGACGGCGGCAUUCACAUCGUUAGUACAAACGCUAGUGAAAAUGAAUCGGUAUAAUCGUUGUUGUCUCGGUGUGAAUGCUGUUGCCUUUGCUGCUGUAGCGAGGCGGACUGUGACGCUUUUGGGAUCCGCUGUACGAGUCAGUUGUCAGUUCGCAUCCAACCAGAAAGCAAGUAGGGUCUGUACUAGAGUUUCUUCGGUAAGAAGCCACGAGGUCGUUCGCUGCGUUAGCAAUUUGUGAGUGAUAUUUAUUUUCAUUAAAGUACAUACGCAUACGUAUAUAUCUACGUAAAUACGUACAUACGAUACGACACGUUGCUACUUUGCAAAACAUUAAUCGACGUGCGAAGGCAAUUUGAAUAGCGACCGGAUUAAGUGACUUAAUGACUGACUAAGUGUCUAACUGGCGGAAGAUGGCCCCAGCAGAGGUCUAAUAAAAAUUAUUAUGUACGUGAAUACCAAGUGUGAAAACUUACGGAAAAACUGAAAGAAUUUGCAAAAUUCUGUCAUAGAACAAGAACCGAAAGAGAAGCAAAAAAAAUAAAAAUAAUUGUAUAAAAACACGUAAUAGAAGGAAUGACGAAAGAAAGAGAAGGAAAUCACAAGCAUACAUUUUAAGUGACUGUGUGGUUGUGUAUGUGUUUGUGUGUGUGUGAAUUUUUAUGCGCGCGUGAGCAAAAAGCGCAAAAGUCUAAAAUAUGCGCGAAAGGCGAGAAGUGAAAUGAAAAUAUCGGUGAACAAAUGAAUGAAAAAUAAAAAACAAAACUUUAAAUAGAGGAAAGCACAUAAUUUGCGGGCGCGCAGAACGCAAUUUUCAAUGAAAAAAAAUUUAUUUAUUCAAAAAAAAAGAAAAAAAAGCGGGUUGUGCGAUGCGAAGCAAUAAAUUCAUCGACAUAAAGGCAAAUUGCGCGUUCAUGGCGAUCACCUAAUCAUAUAAUUUUAGAAUAAACAAAUAUUUUUAGAAAACACUUCGGUAAUGCUAUGCGCCGACCAAGUGCUGCCGUGAGUGCUACCUAUGCCCAAGCGAUUUCUUUGUUUUUUCUUUUUUUCUGUAAGGCGGAAACGCGCGAAGUACACGUUACAAAGCAGGCGAUUCUUGAGGAACGCGGCUGGCGUCUCUGAGAUCACGCGCUGAAUGAAUUCUUGAAAGCAGAAGCGGCAACAGGCUCUAAAAACACAAGUGAUCUUGCAAAUAUAUAUUUGGUGCUAAAAGUGGAAAUGAUCUCGACUUUGCCGCGCCAAUUGUUUUUGUUAAUGUUACUUGUGUAGUAGUGCUGCAUAUUCUGAAGGUGAUAGUUAAAAGUUAUACAAGUGCGUGGAAAAAAUACAAAUUUUCCAAAUAAAGUUCAACGUUCAAACGUGGCUUAAAAACACAAAAAAAGCGCAAGGUAACGACUUAAAUAUAUAAAAUUACAAAAAUAAAAAUAACAAACAAAUAAAAGAAGCUCUCGCCUGUUAACCAAGUGAUCGCGGCUGCUGAGAUUCUAGUUCCUGAGUUUCGGCGUUGCUAAGUAAUAUUAUUUUUCCCUUGAUGGAAACCACAAAAGUCGUGUCACGUGUGUUUUGGUACUAUUCGACAAUUCAAAAAAGUGACAAUUGACACACGAUUGCCAAAUAACAGUGUUAAGUAACACAAUAAUAGCGGAAAUAAAAAGUGCGUACAAAAGCAGUUAGAUCGUGCGUGAUAAAUAAAAAGUGAAACGUGUGGCAAAGUGGAAUCAGAAUUUUGAUAUUGAAAAUGUACAAUUGAAUUGAGCGUAGUUGGAGCGCAGUGUUAUAAAACGAAAAAAAAAAUUAAUAAUACAAAUAGUGAGCGAGAGCACUCGUGAGAGUAAGCAGCAAAAAAAAAAUAUUUACAUGCAUUAAAAUUUCGGCCAGUGCCAAAACUGCUCUUCAACGAUAAAAGUGAAAUAAAUAAUCGUCAACAACAACUACAACAGCUAUUAUCAGCGAUAAAAGAGAGCACCAAAACAGCGGUUCAGCAAACACUUUAACGGAGUGACAGCGGUGAAGGUUAUUCUGUAAGUAUUUUACCUGUUGUCGUUUGUGAGAAAUGCAAUUUAAAGUUCACAGCUUAUUUGUCGCAGUCGAUUUUUUGUUUUUUAACUAAUAAUAAUAAAAGUGUGGAAUAUUAAUUGUUUGGAUACAGAGGCGGCAUGGCGUGCUCAGAUGUACAAAAUUUCACUGUGCUACCAGAAGCUAAAAAGACGCGUUGCAAGUGGGUCCCACUCUGUAUAGACGAGUUCGCCAAAAUUGCACAAAAAAUUUCCUACCCGACAAGUUACACAAAUACUGCAAACCUGCACCUCAUAAACGAUCCGUUUACUAUAAUGGAGGGGUUCGUGCAUGACUGGCCCACGCCACCGCCCACAGACAUCCCCCUGCACAUGGAUCUAGUCAGCGAACUGCAGGGCGAUGGCGGUUUUGAGCCGCAGACGCGUGCCAGAUCGAAUACCUGGCCAUGUCCGCGGCCAGAGAAUUUUGUCGAACCAUCUGAUGAUUUGGACAGCACGAAGGCGAGUAAUCAACAGCUGGCGAGUGCAGAUUCGCAACAGACUAUACAGAAUAUAAAUACAGCGAAAAAGAACUCAUCACGUCGUAAUGCGUGGGGCAAUUUGUCGUAUGCGGAUUUAAUAACGCAUGCCAUCGGUUCGGCGACCGACAAGCGGCUAACGCUGAGCCAAAUCUAUGAGUGGAUGGUGCAGAAUGUGCCGUAUUUCAAAGAUAAAGGCGACUCGAAUAGCAGUGCCGGCUGGAAGAACUCCAUACGUCACAAUCUCUCGCUGCAUAAUCGUUUUAUGCGCGUACAAAACGAAGGCACCGGCAAAUCCUCAUGGUGGAUGCUGAAUCCCGAUGCCAAACCCGGUAAAUCGGUGCGUCGACGUGCUGCUUCCAUGGAGACGUCACGCUAUGAAAAACGUCGGGGGCGCGCCAAAAAGCGUGUAGAGGCUUUACGUCAGGCAGGCAUAACGGGUCUCAACGAUGCCACGCCAUCGCCGAGUAGUAGUGUUAGCGAAGGUUUAGAUCACUUCUCGGAGAGUCCAUUGCACAGUGGUAACUUUCAAUUAUCACCGGAUUUCCGACAACGCGCCUCAUCGAAUGCCAGUUCCUGCGGACGUCUCAGUCCGAUACCAGCACUUAUAGGACUUGAGCCGGAUUGGAGUUUCGGUGGCGAUUACACAAGCACAAGCAUUACGCCAGCACAGGCAGCGUCAAUGGACCAACUAGCUGGCUCAAUAGCGGAGGUCAAACUGCCAAAGGAUAUUCUACAAGGGUUUAGCGCUGCCUCCGGCAUACCCACACAGCCGCCACCGCCAUACCAGGCACCACAGACAUACAGCCUAAACGGACCGGUCGUCACGCAAGGCUACAGCUUGCAGGCACAACAAUGCCUGUUGCAUCGCUCGCUGACGUGCAGCUGCUUGCACAAUUCACGCGACGGUCUGUCGCCCAAUUCAGUCACCACAACAAUGUCCCCCGCCUAUCCGAACAGUGAGCCCUCGUCGGACUCCUUGAACACUUACAGCAAUGUGGUCUUGGACGCCGCCAAUGCCGCUGGCGUUGCGAAUGAUAAUGGUACUAGCUUAAUGGUGCAGCAGCAACAACAACAACAGCAGCAGCAGCAACAGCAGCAACAACAUCAACAACAACAACAACAUCAACAACAACAACAGCAACGACAGCAGCAGCAGCAACAACAACAACAACAGUCACUUAACACAAAUCUAGAAGACAAUAACUGCGCAUCGACGCUCAUCGGACAGUGCAUGGAGGCGCUGAACAAUGAACCACAAAUUGACGAAUUUACAUUGGACAGCUUUCAACCCGGUCUCGACUGCAAUCUCGAGGAGCUGAUCCGGCAGGAGAUGAGCAUUGACGGCAUGUUAGACAUAAAUAUACCAUUCACCGCUGACCCCACAAGUGUUGCCAACGAUACGGCGAAUUUGGUUAAUAGCGCUCUCGGCGGAGCGAAUAAUGUGCACCAACAACAACAGCAGCAACAACACCAACAACAGCUGAAUCAGUUGCAGGCUCAGUUACCCCAGCAACAGCAGCAACAAUUGAUGCCAUCACUGUUGAAUAGUAUCGCUAGCAAUAACAACAACAACAAUAAUAAUAAUAAUAGUAAUAUGUUAGAAUUGCCUACCGCCACACCGACGCAAACAAAUCUAAACGCACGCGUACAAUACUCACAAGCGAGCGUCGUGACGCCACCAUCCUGGGUGCACUAGAGGAGUGGGUGUGCAUGGAGAGUGGGUGUAAGUGAACGUAAUGUGGAGUAAAUUAGUUAUAACUAUAACAACAACAUUAUUAGCUAAACAAAGUGGUAAUCUAAUCGGUGGAUUUUGUCAACACUAGCAAAUGCAAGAAAUAAAAGGAUACUAAUAGCGAGUAAUUGGUAGCGAUUGCCCAGAUACCCGAGUGUGAACGAGGUGCAGCGUGCGAAUGUCCGACUGUUGCAGUGGUGACAUUUGAUAUGCAACAUCGUGUACAUACAUAUAAAUGUACGUUUAAUGUAAAAUGAUCUGUGCCGCAAGUCGGGAAGUCACGUAGCACAUACAUAUAUACUACAUACACAUAAAGCGAACGGUAGUUGACGAAAUGAUAUAUAACCUAACUGUAAAAAAAAUAAUGCCAACGAAUUGCUUUCUACCUUCUAUAAAUUAAAUCAAAAUCAGUUUACAAAUAAAAACUGUGUUAAAAUCACAAUUACCAAAACAAAAAACAAUAAAAAAGAAAAACAAAAAUAAUGGUCAUAUAAAAUAAGCUUAAAAAUUGGUUGAAAAACAACAAAAAAAUGUUAAUAAAACAAAAACAAAUUAAAGACAAUAGCGACAUUGGAAACGGAUUAGAGCUAAGCAACUGCAAGCAUAACUGUAAACGAGCGGAUAGCAUACAGACUCUAUUUAUAAAGCUAAUUUUUCUGGUCCCAUGGUCGAAGCAAAACAAUAAAAUACACACAUAUAUAUACAGACGCAUAUAUAAAAUUAACUGGAUUUAGCUACAAUAAUGAUUAGUACUAGUAGUAGUAAGAACUGCGUUUGUAAAAUGUUGACACAACAACAACAAUACUAUAAUCUUUCUGUAAAUAUGCAUGUUACAGUCAACUUUAGUUUGUUAAGUAACAAAAACAAAAAUAUAAAUAUACUUUGUAUUUCUCAGCUAAAAAAGAAAACAGAAAUGUUGUACUAAAAAAAUGUGCUAAAUAAAAUAUAAUAAAUGAUAAAUAUAGGAUAAAAGAAAAAGCUAAAAAAAUAUGAUAAACGAAAUCCUGAAAGUAACGUAAUACGUAAUAUAAUAUAAUUAGCAAAAUUUCAUAAAUAAAAAAGAUAAUACAUUUUUUUUUGCUUAUAAACUUUUUUAUUAAAUAUCUGUAAUGCAAAGUAUGUAAAACAUUAAAACUGAGCAUAAAAUGUAAAACAUGUUAAUUCGUUUAAGUUACAACAAAUAAAAUUGUGUUUUCCUUAUUUUUAAAGUAAAAAAAAAAAACAUUAUUAUAUAUGUGAAAAAAAGAAAAAGCUAUUGAAAAUAAAAUAGUAAGCAUAAAUAAUGAUAGAGCGAUAAAUUUAAAUGUUAAAAAAUAAAGAAAUGGUUAAAUGUGUUUAUAAUUUUUAUUUAAGUAGUACAAAAUGUAGAACGGCAACACGUCAUAGCUGUAAAAUGUAAGAAUAAAUGUAAGUCAAGCAAAAAUACAAAAAAUAAAGGAUGAAUGUUUAUUACACUACAA